CUCAUUUGUGUGUGGCCCCUGAAUGACUUUUCUGUGGGUCAGUGACCCCUAACCUGAAAAAGGUUCUUUGCCUCGCCCUAUAGUCUUUUUAGAAUAUGAAGACCUUGUGGCCCUCAAGGCACAUCUUCCCCAGUCACUUAUACUCUUCACAGAAAAUCAAGCAACUGAAGCCAGGAAACUUGUGUCAUUGCUACUAUGGAGGAAACAGUUCUGGUUGCAGUGUCUGCUGUAGUAAGUGAAAUCAUGAAGGAUGUCUUUGCCAAGAGCUGACUUUAUAAGAUGGUGUUAAACUAUUGGAUGAGAGCGCAAAGAUUUAGAAUUCCUGGCAUGGAUGUAGUAUAGCUUAUUAGCCUGCUUCCAUGGGGAUGGAGAGGGCAUUUCUAGAAUUCAUCAGGUUGUCUUGGCUGGCUCAAGAAGGGCUUAAUUAAUUGACAAUGCCAUACAUAUUUAAGCAAAGUAUGCAUUAUGUCCAGAAGUUAGUAAUGGAAUUCCUUUACUUCUUCCAAGAGAAUUUGCAGGGUGUCAGUGACUUGUUUCAUCAGGUCCUGGAAUUGCUAAAAGUCAUCAACUAGUGGUGAUGGUAUAACUGCUUUGUGAGGUGGUACAGUAAAAUCAUAACAAAAGGCAUUUGGAUACAGUAGCAGCACAAGAAGAUUUGGCCAUGGCUUCAACAAAAAAAAUCAAAUCUGCCCCCCAUGAUUGAUAGCUGAUUUACGGAAAAGGAUCUCAACGAUGUCUUUACUUGUGAAGACUUUGGGCUUUUGGGAAAAGCAAAGAAGAAAUUGGCAAGGUGGAAAAGGAAGUGAAUUGCGAGCUCAAACCAUGUAGCUUCAAGACAAGUGAAGCAACUGCCGUGAAAAGUUUCAACCUUUGACAGCAUGUAAAAUGUAACCAUCCUGAAAACUGUGUGUCUCUGGUUACAAAAAAGGACCUGGAAGAUGAGGCAAAACAAAAGGCUGACGCUGCUAAACGACGUUCAUCUGGCUCUUUGAAAACUCCUGGAGAAAAGAUUUUCUGCAGAGCUUCACCUGAAAAGAAAUCCAAAAUUAGUCAAACAAAACUUGACUCAUUUUUGAAGUCCUCAAAGGUAACAGUCACCAUGGAUGCCAAUACUUUCCAUGAAGGGCUGAUGGAAAUGGUUUGCUUGAGUUCAACACCGCUCACUACCUGCAGGCUAAAGAACAAAGGAUUCAAAAAAUUUGCAGGUGAAAUGGGUCGGCAGGUUGGCGUUUCGACAGGGCACGAUGCAGUUCAUUAUUUAGUUGUCAGCACAGCUGAGUCUGGUUGCAAAGAGCUCAAGAAAGCUUUGGAGCAAAAAUUGUGCUACCUGAAAAUGGAUGCGGCAGCCCAUGGAAUCAGAAAUUUCCUUGCAAUCGAUGCUCAGUAUGACGAAGAAGGAAAAGAUAAAGCUGUGGUAAAAACCUUAGACAUAAUCGACACUGAAGGGUGUCGCAAUUCUUCCUACGUGAAAAGUCAAGUAAAAGCUAUUUUAGAAAAUUUUGGGAUCAGUGAAAUUCAAGUGCUGAGCAUCUGUGUUGACAAUGCAGCAAACAUGACGUGUGUCAUCAAAAAUUUCAGCAAGGACAAUGAAACCAUUUCUACCUCUGAGAACAGGAAUGUGGACAGAACUGAAGCUAUUUUGCCUGAUGAAGGAACUAAAGUAAUGGAUGAAAUUGAACUCCACAUUGCUACUGCCGCGCAGUGGGUUAAUGACCCUAGCUAGCCUCAUACUUCCAACAUGGCUUCAUGAGGACUACUCAAAAGUCCAACCAAUGAGGUGUGGUAUUCCAACUCUUCAGUUGGCAAUCUGGGAUGGAAUGAACAAAGAACAUGCGAAGAAAUUUCUGGCAAAACUUCGACAAGUCGUCACUACGAACCCCAAGUAUUCGAAGUGUUCUGCUUGAUCUACAUGGGGUAACUCAGUCAUUAGAAACUAUGACUCACUGGGGUUCAACAUUUGCGAUGUCUGAUCAGCUUCUCGUUUUUCAAUCUUACUGUGAACAAGUGGCGGCUGCUGCUGCUGCUGGAACAAGAGAACUCAAGUUAACAAAAGCUGAAUGGGAUGAAGUGGAGAACCUGCAAGACCUCUUGGCAAAACCAAACAAUCAUAAAUCUUCAAGCUGUCAAUGUAACCACAGGAGUUUUAAUGAAGGAAUGGUGAAAACUGUCAAAAUUCUUGCAAGAAAAUAGUGGACAAAUUGCAGAAGGAAUUCUGUCCUCUGUGCAGAAACGCGAAGAGAAGCUUUUUGACAAUAUUAAUUUCCUUGAUGGACUUUGUUGACCCACGGUAUUGGAUUCUUCUUACCUCAAGGGAAAUACCAAAGGAAAAGGAAGGGCUCCUUGAUAUUGCUCGACAACUCAAAAAACAAAAUCUAUUGCUACAUUUGAACUUGGCGAAAGAGGUUGAAGAAAACGAAACAACAAAAGGAGUCAUCAACAAUUGAAUUUGCGGUUUCGGAAAGUUCACAUCUUUCAGAAAUAGCAGGCUGUUCUCAAACUUCCAUCUCCACUCUGAACUUAUUCGAGCAUCCAUCCCUGAGACGUCUUCAACCAUCACAGGGAAAUGGAGAUAAUUUAAGCACCAAUUCUUCAGAAGAUGACUACUUCAAAAAGGAAUUGGAUAAACAAGAAAGACGCCAGCGAGUUUCUGCGAUUCAUAAUUGUAACGAAGCAUUAUUCGAGAGAAACUUUCAGGAAGAUUGUGAAGCGAUGAAGUCUAUUGGUAGGCUAAAAGUUGUCUGUUUUUGAGGCCAUUCACAGCUACCCAGACGGCAUUCAGGCUGCCUGGAGAAUUGCUUUGAGCAUGCCAACAACUCAAGGUAGUGUAGAGCGACUGUUUUCGGCUUUAAAGUUAAUUUUAAAUGAUCUGCAGCAGCUAUGAAAGACGACUGGAUUGCUGCAAUAAUUUUUUUACAGAUUGAAUUAUGAAUGAUUGUUGAUGACAUUUACAUUGUUUUAAAACUCUGAAUAAAAAUAAUGUUUUUUCAAAAUAACAGUAUGCACUUUUUUAUUUCGUUAAAUAAUUUGAGUCCGAGUGGAGCUGGAGUAGUCACUAUCGGUGCUGGAGCGGAGCAAUUCAAAAAUUUGAUUUCUCCAAAUCCUUGACUUCAGGAUUCUAAUGUUUCAUAGGGAACCACUUAAGGUGGGUUUUCUAGAAACAGAAUAGCACUAACUAAAUUGAUAGUAAACUGUACAGUAGAGUCCAGAUUAUCUGACCUUUGGUAAUCUGACAUUCCGCUUUAUCCAACAUAGCCACCCUGUGCUGCUAUGCCGCAUGCAGCCUCCCCGGCUGAAGAGGCUCCAGCAGUCUCCCGCAGGUCAGAGCAUCCUUCCAGUGCCGCUUCAUCCCCAUCCCUGCCUGGCUCUGGCCCCUUUCCU